GCCAUCUCUAUCAUGAAAACAGCUAUCAGUGGGCUCUUCAAAGAGAGAACUUAUUUUGUGUCUCAGCUCUUGCCAUGUUUCUGUCCCUCCCAAGCAGGAAAUUUUGAUUUGCUCCUAAGAAUUAAAUGAAGCAUUAUACUUCAUUAUGCUGUAUUAAUGAGCGCUGCAAUAUCCUUUUUUUAUUCUUUAAAGUGCCAUCAUUGCGAGACCCUUUCUAGAUUUCUCUCAAGUAUCAACAGUACUCUCUUGCGUUUAAUGGCCAAAGAUAAUUAUGGAUCUCCAAAGAUCCAUCCAGAUUCAAGAAGGCAGCGUUUUACUUAUAUAUUUGCUGCAAGCGGUCUGUGUGUUCUUUUCUACAUCCUUGGGGCUUGGCAGAAUUCCGCGGUACCCAAACCCAGUGGCAAUGUCUCCAACAAAAUCGAGUGCAACCCUGCCAAUCCAUCGUCCAAUCCCCGUUCCACCGCCGUGCCAUCAUUCUCAUCAUCAGAUGCCACUCUCGACUUCGAAGCCCGCCACCGGCUGGACCUCAAUGCAACAUGGGUAACGGUCGAGAAAUUUCCACCUUGUCCUUUGAACUUUAGCGAGUACACUCCUUGCCAGGAUCGAACGAGGGGGAGGAGGUUCGCAAGAGAAAUGCUGAUAUACCGAGAGCGCCAUUGUCCUGGAAAUGACGAGCUCAUCAGAUGCUUAAUCCCUGCACCACCAAACUAUAAAACGCCUUUUAAGUGGCCUCAGAGUAGAGACUAUGCUUGGUUUGAUAACAUUCCUCACAAGGAGCUCAGUAUUGAGAAGGCUGUUCAAAAUUGGGUCAUAGUGGAGGGUGACCGGUUCAGAUUCCCUGGUGGUGGAACAAUGUUCCCACGAGGUGCUGGUGCUUAUAUUGAUGAUAUAAGUGCACUUAUCCCUUUAACUGAUGGUAGCAUCAGAACUGCAAUUGAUACAGGUUGUGGAGUUGCUAGUUUAGGGGCUUAUCUUCUCAAGAGGGAUGUCAUCACAAUGUCAUUUGCGCCGAGGGAUACACAUGAGGCCCAGGUGCAGUUUGCUCUGGAGCGAGGAGUUCCAGCCAUGAUUGGAGUAAUAGGAUCGCAGCGGAUGCCGUAUCCAGCACGAGCUUUCGAUAUGGCUCACUGUUCGCGCUGCCUUAUCCCAUGGUUUAAGAAUGAUGGUGUCUACCUAGCUGAGGUUGACCGAGUUCUAAGACCAGGAGGCUAUUGGAUUCUGUCGGGUCCUCCAAUCCAUUGGAAGAAGCACUACAGAGGCUGGGAGAGAACCCAAGAGGAUCUGAAGCAAGAGCAAGAUUCAAUUGAGGAUGUGGCAAAGCGCCUAUGCUGGAAGAAAAAGAUCGAGAAGGAUGAUCUUGCAAUUUGGCAGAAGCCCAUCAACCAUGUAGAAUGCAUUCAGAGACGAAAGAUCUAUAAAACACCACACAUAUGCAAGAACGACAAUGCUGAUUCUGCCUGGUACAAGAAAUUGGAGGCUUGUAUAACACCAUUACCAGAAGUGAAAAAUGAGGAAGAAGUUGCUGGUGGAGAUCUGAAGAAAUGGCCUGAUCGGGCAUUUUCUGUCCCACCAAGAAUAAGCAGGGGUUCUAUUCCAGGGGUAACUUCCAAGAUUUUUGAAGAUGACAACCAGAUGUGGAAAGAGAGAGUGAUGCAUUAUAAACAAAUUGUUCCUCCUUUUCCUCAAGGCCGAUACCGGAAUGUGAUGGAUAUGAAUGCCAACUUGGGAGGGUUUGCUGCGGCGAUGAUGAAGUACCCAGUGUGGGUGAUGAAUGUUGUCCCUGCCAACUCCGACCGGGACACACUUGGUGUGAUAUAUGAGCGGGGUUUCAUUGGCACGUAUCAGGACUGGUGCGAGGCUUUCUCAACAUAUCCAAGAACUUAUGAUCUCCUCCAUGCUGAUGGUGUGUUCAGUACAUAUCAGGACAGGUGUGACAUAACAUACAUUCUAUUGGAGAUGGAUAGGAUAUUGAGGCCAGAAGGGACAGUGAUAAUUCGGGACAUGGUGGAGGUCCUCACAAAGGUAAAGGCCAUAACAGAUGGGAUGAGAUGGAAGAGUCAGAUCAUGGACCAUGAGAGUGGACCCUUCAACCCUGAAAAGAUCCUUGUGGCUGUUAGGACAUACUGGACUGGCUGAACCCUCCAAACAGGACUAACUGCACUGCACUUUUUGUAUUGUAAUAUCUCAUACUUGCUGUCCAGCAUCAUACAGGCUCGCUGCUUCAUGGUUUUUGAGCCAACAAAAUUUGUAGUUAGAAAUUAGAAUGUAUUCAGUUUCCUUUUUCUCCUCUCCCCCUCCCCAUUCAUUUUUUCUGUCUUCUAGUUGAAGUAUCUGAUCCUUUGUUACCCUGUACCAUGAAAAGGAGUUGUUAGGCUUGCUGGCU